AUCAAAACCCAACCGUUGGAUCUCCCCGCUCGAACAAAACCCUAGAGAGAUCACAGACGAGGGGUCGCUUCAUCCAGCAUUAGGGUUUACUCUCUCUCGCCUCCGUCGUUUAUCUCGUAGCAAGCAGACCGCAGCCAUGGCCGUAGGUAAGAACAAGAGAAUUUCCAAGGGUAAGAAGGGAGGCAAGAAGAAGACUGUGGAUCCUUUUGCCAAGAAGGAUUGGUAUGAUAUCAAGGCUCCGUCCGCCUUCAACGUGAGGAGCAUUGGGAAGACCCUCGUCUCCAGGACUCAGGGUACAAAGAUUGCAUCUGAGGGCCUUAAGCAUAGGGUGUUUGAGGUCUCUCUGGCUGAUCUCCAGACUGAUGAGGAUCAGGCCUACAGAAAGAUUCGCCUUCGUGCAGAGGACAUCCAAGGAAAGAAUGUCCUCACCAAUUUCUGGGGUAUGGACUUCACUACCGACAAGCUUAGGUCGCUCGUUAGGAAGUGGCAAACUUUGAUUGAGGCUCAUGUUGAUGUUAAGACCACUGACAACUACACCCUGAGGAUGUUCUGUAUUGCAUUCACCAAGAGACGACCAAACCAGGUCAAGCGUACCUGCUAUGCCCAAGCCAGUCAGAUCAGACAGAUAAGGCGCAAAAUGAGGGAGAUCAUGGUUAACCAAGCUACUUCCUGUGACCUGAAGGAAUUGGUUGCUAAGUUCAUUCCGGAAUCUAUUGGAAAGGAAAUUGAGAAGGCAACUUCUGGUAUUUACCCUCUACAGAACGUGUUUAUCCGCAAGGUUAAAAUCUUGAAGGCACCCAAGUUUGAUCUUGGAAAGCUUAUGGAGGUCCACGGUGACUACAGCAAGGAGGAUAUUGGUGCCAAGGUGGACAGGCCUGCAGAAGACACUCCCAUGGAAGGAGAGCCACAAGAAAUUGUAGGGGCUUAAGUUUGAAAGUCUCUUUCAUUUAGGAAUUGAGUCAAGGACAAUAUGCUUGAACUUGCAGUUUUGUCGGUUCUAUUUCUCUUAUUUUCUGUUCUAUUUUGGCGACGUUUUAUAAUUAGUUGAAUUCAAAGGUCCUGAGUUUUGCUUCAAGCAUGUUUAAUGACCAUAAAGAUCCUGAGCUUUGCUUCAAGUUAUAAUUGUUGAAUUUAUUUUGAGAGUUGUGCGGGAACUAGAUUUAUUGCUCA